AAGCUGCUGGCCACUGACGGAGACUCCAUCCACGCUGACUGGUGCUCAGCAGCCUCGACUACGCGUUUACACUUUGCAGGGUUUUUACGCGCACACAAUGAGAGCCUUUAUUUCCACCGUGACGGUGUUGUGGGUCAUGACAAUACCUUGCAUGGAAGCUAUCCACGGAUUGUACAAUUUCGGACAGCAUGAGUUAUUCUACAAAAAGAACAACUGCAAGGCGAUUCCGGCAAAUCUCCUCCUGUGCAACGACAUCGAGUACACGGAGAUGCGCCUCCCGAACCUGCUCGGACACGAAACCAUGAACGAAGUCCUGCAGCAGGCUUCGUCUUGGAUCCCGCUGGUCCAGAAGCAAUGCCACCCCGACACGAGGAAGUUCCUCUGCUCCCUUUUCGCUCCCGUGUGCCUGGACGAUCUGGACGAGCCGAUCCAACCGUGCCGGUCUCUGUGCGAGAGCGUCAAGGACGGCUGCUCGCCCGUGAUGUCCGCGUUCGGCUUCCCUUGGCCGAAGAUGUUGGACUGCGACCGUUUCCCACUCGAUAAUGACCUGUGCAUACCGCCUGCAAGCAUCGACAACUUUGUGCCAGUCACCAAAGAAGUGCCCAGGGUGUGUGAUGCUUGCAAGGAAACGGAUGAAAAUGACAACGAAAUUGUCAACAACCUGUGCAAGAAUGACUUUGCUCUGAAGAUCAAAGUUAAAGAGAUCUCCUACAUCAACGGGGACACCAAGAUAGUGCCGGAGAACAAGAGCAAGACCAUUUACAAGCUGAACGGCGUGACGGAGCGUGACCUCCGGAAGACGGUGCUGUGGCUGAAGGGCGGCCUGCAGUGCAUCUGUGAGGAGAUGAACGACAUCCACGCCGCCUACCUGGUCAUGGGCCAGAAGAUGGACGGCCACCUGGUCAUCACCUCGCUGAAGCGCUGGCAGAAGGGACAGCGAGAGUUUAAGAGGAUUUCCCGCAGCAUCCGCAAGCUGCAGUGCUAGGAAGCGAGGGGGGUCGGGGGAGGAGAUGGGGGGACUGCAUGUGUCUCUAUUGAAGAAGAAGUUUAGUUGAUCUCUUUCCAGAGUUGUCACACAAGUUGCCAGUUGUGGUUCAUAGAUUUCUAUCUAGAUUCCAGCAAAGAGGUUUCUUUGGUCCACCUUAAAAAAAAAAAAGCAAUACAAAGCAAAAAAAAUGAAAAAAUCUACAAUUAUAAUUAUUUACGCUCAUACGCUCAAGCUACAUUCGCCAUUCACUAACCCGAACCCAGGCCACAAUAUUCAUAUUAUUUUUAAGUGUCUAUGUAUUUUAAGUAGGGCACACAUUUACAUCUGGUACAGGGACAUAAGUGGUGUAUGGGGAAUUGUAGUAAUAUGAGAUUUUUGUUUUCAUCCAUUGGUUUCCAUUAUUUUUGCACUCAGUGAGUAGUGAGCGUCCCCCAGUGGCCAGUAUUAAAAGUGAUGGGUCUUCUCCCGGGGAGCUGCCUUCGCUGUCACCUCAGUAAUUGCACUCAGCUGGCCUCAAUGAUCACUGAUUACACGGUUAGAGUGAAAACUGACAGAGUUUUGAAUACAGGAUUUUAAAAACCAUUGACUCUAUAAAAUGCAGAUGUGACUUACUUUUAAAUCCCGGCCGGGUGGUGAUAUUAAGGCGUUUUCCUUUUCACCUCUGGUAUUCCCUGGGAUUUCUGUUCUGCUUCUAAAUAAUAACCUAAAAAUUUACUUUUUUUAUUUUUCAUGGGGGCUUCCUCAUAAGGUGACAUCAUCGGCAGUUGUUUUGUUUAGGAUUAUUAAAAAACUCCUAAAAGGAAUAAACAACAUCACAUGGGUCAAAUGCCUUACAUUUUUAAACAACUAUGAGUUUGAAGUCUUCGUAAAUAAAACUAUUUUCUCACAUAGUUCUACAUAUAAUUACUGAUUUCAUAUUGUGUGGUGCAUGUUAGAUGAAGCUGUGAUCCCAGUGUGCGUAGUGUGAUGUUCAAAGACAAAUAUGUUUGUGUUUUUGUAUUCCUACCGUUUUCUCAAGCAAAAAAUGAGAGAUAGCUGGCUAUAUUCUCUUCCUGUUCUACAUUUUAAUACUCUUGAAUCAUUUUAUACGAGUCACUGCAUACUUUUCUACCACAGUAUGAUACAACUAAUAUUUUUCUACUACAGGCUUUCAUAUUUCAGUUAAAUGUUUAUGUUGAGUUUGGGUUUGCAUCUUCACGCUGUUGCUUCUUUUACUAUUAUUAGAGGAUGAAUAUCUGAGUUAUGGUUGGUAGCAUUGAUUUAAUGAGCACUAACUAGUGAGGCGCCUAUAAUCAAGUGGCCCUGCGUGCGUGUGCGCAAUGUAAAAAGUAUGUCUGAAAGUAUCACUGUGUAAAUAAUAUCAAAUACUGACUUUUAUUCUUGUAUAGUUUCCGGCUAUUAAAAGCUGCAAACGUCA